AUGGCGUUCUUCAUUGACGGCAAGGACUGCAUGAUCUCCGAAUGGAUCCUGCUGGCCAUCUCCUACGUCUUCGUCGCCUUGCGCGUCUACACGCGCCUCUUCCGUCUGCGCGAGAAGCUCAACUGGGCCGACUGGCUCCUCGUAGCCUCGGCCAUCAACGCCCUUGGUCUGAUCAUCUGCGAUACGCUGACCUUCCAACUGGGUGUCAUGGACACCUGGGCGCCUUCGGUCGCACUGUCAAAGAUUGGCUUCGCCUCCAACUACUUUUACGAUGUCGGCAUGGGCUUCCCCAAGCUUAGUCUUAUUGCCUUUUACUGGGCGUAUUUCCCUACCCACGCCAGCCCCGGCAUUCGGAAGGCUCUCUGGGGCAUCACCGCUUUUGUGUGUGCCUGCUACAUCACCAUCUUGUUCGACGACACCUUCUUCUGCGGCUCCGACGUCUCCGUGCAGUGGUCGCAGGAGGAUGGUGCCUGCAGCGUCUUCUAUGCCCCGGAACCUUUUAUCGUCAACUUUACCCUCAACCUGGCCUGCUAUCUCGUUGUCUACGCGCUUCCCCUCGCACUGGUGAUUCAGGGUGUCCUCAAGUCCUCCAAGGGAGUUGUUCUGACUUUUGUUCUCGGCGCCUUGACGAUUGCUACCACGAUGAUCCGCUUCAUCACACUCAACGUAGGAACCGGCCAAGUCAACCUCGUCUAUCCCCUCAGUAUCCUCGAAAUGACGCUGGCCAUCGUCGUCGUCGCCCUGCCGGGCUUGAAGCCCCUUGUCGAUGGCGCCGCUCGCCGCCAUCCGUCGGUCGAGACUGUGGAGGUGAACCACCAGGAAAAGCCAUACUCGUCGUAG